CUUGUAAGAAAAUCUCUGCUCUCUGAUGAAAUAUCCUUUGAAAAGCCGGUGGACAUCCAUCAACAACAAAAAGAAGUGCCAACGAAGCCGAAACAAUCAUUACGAGAACACUCUCUGACACUGCAGCCUACUAUGUCAAGUGUAAGUGAUACUCAGAGAUUUGGUAGUGUGUAUACAGUAUGUACACAUGUAACUGGCACGACUUACUUUGCCUGUCUACCCGUUUAUAACAUCGCACACUAUUCCGAAGCCAACAGCUCUCCAAAAGAAAAUGAGGCCAACAAAAAUAGAUUUUGUCAUGAGAUACUCUACCAGUUCCGACAAGAAAUGCCGGAACAGAGCGAGCAAAGAAAUCAGGUAACAGAUAACAAAAACCUGAGGAAGGGUGGCCAAAGUCCAAUAUUUUAG